AUGGACCAGCUAUUCCCGCCGGACAAGUCGCCCUGGCAUUGGGUCCCCAUGCCAUUGAAACCUGAGAGUGCCGGCUUUCUUGCGACAAACAGUGUUUUCCAAGCCAUCGUCUUUGCUGUUGUCGGUUUACGGUUCUACUCGCGGCUCUCUACAAAAACUGUUGGAUGGGAUGACUGGUGGGUGUUGAUAGCCACGUUCCUUAGUAUCUGCACCUUCAUUACUUCAAUAUGUGCCAACAUCUUGGGAUCCGGCUACCUUGUUCAAGAGGUAAUCAUUAACUUGUCAAGCUUCUACCUGCUGAUUUUCAUUCUCCAACCGCUCUUCCUAUUCGCUAUCAUGUCCACAAAACUAAGUGUUUGCUUCUUCUACCUCCGCGUAUUCGUCAACAAGAGCAUGAGGAUUGCCACCUUUGUCACCAUGGGCCUCGUGGUGGCUUGGGCCGUGGCGCAUUACCUUGCAGCCGUCUUUAUCUGCACGCCUGUUGCGGGACAAUACGACCUGCGCCUCGCCGCCGUCACCAAGUGCGGUGACCAAAUGAAGUUCUUUCAAUCUGGUUUGAGCAUCAACGUCGUUCUGGACGCGAUUGUGAUCGCCCUGCCCCUCUGGACCAUCUGGAAGCUCAAGAUGCGCAAGUCGGAUAAGGUCGGUCUGUUUAUCGCCUUCUCUAUUGGUAUCUCCAUGCUUGUCGUUAGCAUCAUCCGCGCCGAAUACGUCACGACAACAUCCCUCAAGGGCGACCUCACUGCCACGCUGCCGAUCAACCUCUUCCUCACCGUCUUCGAACAGCAGCUCGCUAUUAUAACCAUCAGCAUCCCCAUGCUGCGGCCCCUGUGGAGGAGGUACCGUGCUCGUGUUGGUGGCUAUAGCCUCUCAGAGGAGGGCGGGAAGGGCAGCGGUUACUCGGGGCCCAGAGGCGGCAGUAAGAACAAUGAUAUCGUUACGUUUGGUGGAUCUGGGGCCAAGGCGUCAGCUGGAUCAAAAGGACGACGCGGCAAGAACGACAGCGUACUUGAUGCUGCUGUCGAGCUUCGGGAUGUGGAACACAAGGCCAAUGUCACCGGAAGAACCGACGGGGAGAGCUGGGUUGCGGACGACUCUGGGUCAGAGACUAGACUCGGCGAGUGGAACAGGAGCCCGGGUGCCAUCAAUGUGCAGACUGAGUGGGCGGUGUCACGGAAGUAG